CAAGUCGUAAAACGAUGAAACCCGCAGAGUAUGAUAAAAUUGACAAAGGUUUAUUUCUAUGGUUUACUCAACAGAGAGAAAAAGGAUUGCCAGUAUCAGGGUCGGUGGAUGCCGGUGGAGACGAUUUUGUGAUGCCCUGUACAAAUUUGAAUCUUAAAAUGUGUAAAAAAAGGAUAAAUCAAUUAGAAAAUUGAUUAUUUUCUUCAUGGAUCAACUUAAGGAAUAUAACUUUUGCUGUUACUGAAGUAGAACUAUAUUAACAUUUGACUUUUAUUUAAAUAAUUCAAUGUUUAAUAAUAAAACGCAGAAUAACACACAA